UUGCUCUUUAUUUAGUUGUGGGGAGAAAGAAUGGCGAGGGUUUUAGUAGAAGCCUCGACGAUCUUCUUCUUCUUCUUCACAGACGAUGCUCUUGCGGAGGUUCUGUGCCUCCUCUCUCUCUCGAACUCAAUACAACCAUCUUCUUUCGAAAUUUACUCGAAACCCUUGCCCAAGGUUGUCGUUUGACAGAAAUUGGCUUCGCUUCUCGAAGCGGAGGGAGAGCUUCGGAUCGCCUCUCAUGGCUUCCUCUUCCGGCUUCGACGAAGUGCGGAGGAGAGAUUACGUUCCUUUGCCUCCUGCUUCGGCCGAUAAGGUUGAAUUGUUGAAAGGGCUUGAAGCAACAUUAGGUUCACCUUUCAGUUCCGAUCCUUUGUCACCACCUGCAAAUCCCAUGAUAAUUGUAAUCAGUGGUCCUAGUGGUGUAGGCAAGGAUGCAGUUAUAAAGAGGCUGCAAGAGGUUCGCGAGGGAAUUCAUUUCGUAGUGACAGCAACAAGCAGGGCACGACGGCCCGGCGAAAUUAAUGGCAAAGAUUACUACUUUGUUUCAAAGGAAGAGUUCCUUUCUAUGAUUGAAAAAAAUGAACUUUUGGAGUAUGCUCUUGUUUAUGGAGAGUACAAGGGAAUACCAAAACAGCAGAUCAGGGAUUUCAUGGCCAAAGGCUACGACAUUGUUCUGCGAGUCGACGUCCAGGGCGCGGCCACCCUGAGGUCGAUACUGGGCAAUUCUGCAAUCUUUGUCUUUCUGGUCGCCGAGAGCGAGGAAGUUUUGGUGAGGAGACUUGUCGAUCGGAAGACCGAAACAAGUGACAUGCUUCUUGUGAGAAUUGCCACAGCUAGAGAAGAGGUGAAGUGCAUGAGAGAUUUUGACUAUGUAGUCGUCAAUGCUGAGGGAAAGCUUGAUGCAGCAGUGAAGCUUGUCGAGUCCAUUAUUGAUGCAGAGAAAGCUAGAGUGAGGCAGCGAUGUGUGAGGCUGUAGAUACAGGAUAUUGAUUUGCUCACAUGACUUAACCAAAUUUUGUGUUUUGUUAUAGCUACAGGAGAUGGAUUUUACUUCAAUGAUAGUUAGGUCUCAUUUCCAAACCCUAAAUUUUUAUCUAAUUACUGUUGUUUUUUGAA